GCUCAGUGCUGUGUAGAGGAUUAUAAAAUAGCUGUUGCCUGAUCUGUCUGUCUCAAAGACUUCAUGAACAACCACGAUGACUCAUGCUGGAAACGUUUUUCAACGCAUCAGCUGUGUGAUGCUCCUGGGGAGCGGCUGGGAAAAGGCUCCAGAGAUGCCCGUAUUGUAUUUCAGCGUUCCAGAAUAAAGCCCAUAGCUCCACACAGAACUGCCCGUCUAAAAAUAAGCUUUCAGUUGGAAUUCAGUUGAAGGGUCAGGACAGCUGAGGAAGUGGGCCGUCCCUGGAUUCAGCUGGUGAGCAGGCUCACUGCGUGUUUAAAUCCACGUUCCAGACUGCGAUCCGAACUUUACUGUAGACACGUUUAUUGGAUUUGCGGCCUCUAGUAGACUCCCUUCAUCAGGAACGAUGGCUCUGCCCGUGAACCCGAUGGACGAGCCCAGGUUGUACCAGCAGACCUUACUCCAGGACGGCCUGUACGACCUGCUGGAGAGCGACAAACUGAUCGAUUGUGUGCUGAAGAUCAAAGACAAGGAGUUCCCUUGCCACCGCCUGGUACUGUGUGCCUGCAGCUCAUACUUCCGCUCCAUCUUUCUGUCCGACCUGGAGGAGAGCAAGAAAAGGGAAAUUGUGCUGGAGGACGUGGAGCCUGGGGUCAUGGGUCUGAUCCUGAAGUACCUGUACACCUCUAAAAUCAAUGUGACCGAGCAGAACGUCCAGGACAUCUUCGCUGUCGCUAACAUGUACCAGAUUCCCUCCAUCUUCACGGUUUGUGUGUCUUUUCUGCAAAAGCGUCUGAGCAUUAGCAACUGCCUGGCUGUCUUCAGACUCGGCUUGAUGCUGGACUGCCCCAGGCUGGCUGUCUCGGCCCGGAAUUACGCCUUAGAGCGCUUCCAGCUCAUCUCCAGAGACGAGGACUUCCUCCAGCUGCGCCCCAGUGAGCUGGCAGCCAUUUUGACCAAUGACAAUUUGAAUGUGGAGACAGAGGAGGUUGUAUUCGACGCUCUGAUGAACUGGGUGUCCAGGGACACAGAGAACCGGCUGAAAGAACUCCCAGAUUUGCUCGACUGCGUUCGUUUGCGUCUGGUCACAGAUGAGUUUCUGAAGGAAAAAGUGGAGAAACAUGAGCUGAUCUCAUCUAGUCCAGAGCUUCAGCAGAAGCUCCAGCUGGUUAGGGAUGCUCGUGCUGGGAAAAUGCCGGAGCUCAAAAAGGACAAAAGUAAGAAGGAGGAUGGCGGAGCAGCAACAGAUGUAGACAACGGGGAAAAGGAGGAGGAGGAGGACCUCCUACCAGCCAUUCUCAAUGACAACCUGAGAUUUGGAAUGUUUGCCAGAAACUUGAUCCUGAUGAUCAACAACGCAGGCGCCGUAGCAUACGACCCAUCAGAAAACGACUGCUUUAUGGCGUCGCUCUCCACGCAGAUCCCCAAGAACCACUCCAGUUUGGUGACCAAAGAGAACCAGGUCUUUGUGGUGGGAGGAUUAUUCGUUGAUGAAGAGAAUAAGGAGGACCCACUGAGCUCCUACUUCCUACAGUAUGACCCGGUUGGUUCAGACUGGCUUGGGAUGCCCCCCCUCCCAUCUCCUCGCUUCCUGUUUGGACUGGGCGAGGCCGAGAACUCCAUCUUUGUUCUGGGAGGAAAGGACCUGAAGGAGGAGAACAUUCUGGAUUCAGUUCUGGUCUACGACAGGCAAUCCUUUAAAUGGGGAGAAUCGGAGUCACUUCCGUACCCGGUCUACGGACAUUCAACAAUAUCACACAAUGAUGUUGUUUAUGUGAUCGGAGGAAAGGGAGACAAGAGCUGUCUGAAGGACAUGUGCGCGUAUGAUGCUAAGAGAUUUGAAUGGAAGCAACUGGCUCCCAUGAAGACGGCACGCUCCUUGUUUGGUGCGACUCUUCACAAAGACCAGAUUUACGUUGCAGCAGGAGUGACCGACGACGGCCUGACGGACUCCGUGGAGGUCUACGACAUCGCUACCAAUACGUGGUCAGAUUUUGAGGCGUUUCCACAGGAGCGCAGCUCUCUGAACCUUGUAUCGUUGGCGGGUUGCCUUUACUGUGUGGGCGGCUUUGCCAUGGUGCCUUUGGAGGACAGCGAUGAGAUCCUUCCCAAAGAGAUGAAUGAUAUUUGGAGGUUUAAUGAGACUGAACAGAAGUGGACCGGGGUCCUCAGAGAGAUCCAGUACGCAUCUGGAGCCACAGUUUUAGGGGUCCGAUUAAACACACUGCGUCUCACCAAGAUGUGAAACCAGCCUCAUGAGUGGACAUGGGUUUGGAUCUGAGGCAGUGCCAUGAGGUUUUAUAUCUCAGACACAUUCAUGGUUGCAGACUCCAAUGUCAGUGUGAGCUGAAAGCAGCUGGACUUCUUUCUUUUCUGGCUUCCAGAUUCCAUUAUCGCAUCUUCCGGGUAAUGUACCGGACAUUCAUGUUAUGCAGGUGUUUCCAUUUCAUUGGGCUAGCCUUAAAAGGACAACUUUCUGGGUAAUUUCAAGGGUCAUCCAAGUACCUGAACUGCUAGUGAAGUAGACUGUAAAAGAAACAAAAAUAAGCAGCGUUGACACUGCUUUAAAAUAUCUAUUUUUAAACCCCCAAAGCCAAAAAAUGCAGCAGAAAUCACUCCACAACUUAGCCGCUUUUAGAGAACAUGCCACACGUGCAUAAUGACACCACCCUCUGUUGCGCCAAGGCAUGAUCUUCAUUCACAAGUCCAGUGUUGUUGCAACGUUACGGAGUGUGGCGGCACAAAUGCGGCAAAAUUCCCACAUUGUCCUAGCUAACUAGACCAAAUUCUUGCUUUGCAAACUUUGGUCUAGAAACGCUCCAUUGGAACCUCCACAGCCCCUAGCAGCAUUCUGGCUGGCCAAUCACAGCUCUCUAUAGGGGGUUUCAAUCCUAUAGAGCACUGUGAUUGGUCCACAACGAUGGGCCAAUCACAGUGCUCUAUCUGCUUUGUGGACCAAUCAGGGCCCUCUAUUUGUCUGGUGGGUGGGAUGAUGCAACAGAAUGGAACAAGAUGGCGACCGCUCAUUUGAAAUGGCUUUUACAUCAAUUUUGGACUAUUUAGACGUGGGCUUUGUUAGAAUCAAGAGCAAAUAGAUGUGUUUAAGUCCUUUAUUUAUAAAAAAGGAUGUAUUUUCACCGUCUUCAACAGCAGGCCACCUCGUUUACUGACAUCCAUUGUGGUGAGUAAAUCACGUUGUUCAUUGUCCAGUAGCAAGUGGAGAUCGUUUGAAAGACAACGGUAGAACCCGCCCCAAGACUGAGAGCCGUCAAUGGAGCGUUGCCAGGCUAAAUAAUACAUUUAUUUAGGCUUGCCAGGCUAACAUUGCCAUGCUGCCACGGCGCUUUCAUAAGACACACCGUGGUAGCAGUAUUACGCUUAUUUGCUGGGAUGGUGGGUCAUCUAAAAGCGGUUCUUAAUUUCAUGUGCUUUUUUGUCACAUACAUAGCUCCAUAAAAACAGCAAUUCUUCUCAUCACUGAACGCCGCAUUUUACGUCACACAGCUGCUCUCCUCAUCACCUAAAUGGAUUCAAUUGUGGCAUAUUUUGACAGAAUAAAACUUUAAAAAUAUUAUUAAUGUCCAUGGAUGGUUGGAACAUGCUAACAUGGUAGUAAAGUUCUGGAAAGUCGUUGUUUGGAGACACAAUAGUUGAGAGGACUGAACUAUCGUAGGUUCCUCAUCAUCUUCCCCCAUACUAGAAAAUUCCCGGAACUUCUAAAGUGUUAACACGGCUUUAAUCCCUAAAAAUGUUCAAAAAUCAGAAAAAGAAGCUCAGCUGCAGGUUUUCCCACAUUGUUUAUAGAUGUAUUUUUGCAAUUAAUGGACUGAGAUUGUGGAACGUAAUCAGUAGACUGUUAAUAAUUUUGCAAUAAAUUAUUAAAUAAAUAACAUUUUGGAUCUAAAGCCUACAUUGGCUCAUUGGGAAUCUGUACACGUUCCACCAGAUGGCAGCAAAGUUUAAGUUGUGAUUUAAACCAGAAGCUUUUACCAUUAAAAAGCAAAACCUACAAAAGUCAAACUAAAAAACAAGAAGAGAACACACAUGCAUAUUUUCAGUAAUAUGUUUAUAUUGUUUAAUAGUGAAAUGACGUCUUUAUGCUCUACUGUGUUACAGACAGUUAACACUGGUCAAUAAUACAAUGAAAGACGAAAAUACAGCCUAAUGAUAUUUAUUAGCACCUCUAGACACUACUGCCCUUGUUUUUUGUUGCUUAUCACAGCCGAAUGUAACAACCACUGUUGGGCAGAAUGGACCGAUACACACUGUGGUGUUUAUAACACAGACGAGACAAUCAGCAAGUAACAAAACACAUCAGGGUUUCUUGAACAGAGCUGCAGUUUGACCAAUCUGACGGAGCGUUGAAGAGGGGGCUGACCACGGCACCUGGUCUAUGUUCACCAUCUUUUCCCCAAAAGGAGUCAAAUUCUAAGCAGCAAUUCAAAGUGCAACAUUUUAAAUGAUCAGCGUUUACUUGUAAGUUUUGAAUAAUGUAUGGAGCUCCAAUACUGGCAAAAUUCUAAUAUUUGUGUUUAAUUGUUGUAAAUAAAUUAAGAAUCUAACAGA